AUGAAAAUAUAUUUGAUAAUAUUAAAUUUCAUAAUUUUUGAUUUUUUAAAUUGUGUUGAAAGCACGAAAAUAUCUCAUAAUGAAGUUGAAGAAAUAGGUGUUUCUGAACAAGCUUUAAAGAAGUUACAGGAAUUAAAAAAAUUAGAAUUAGACCUUUUAAUUGAUAUUGUUAAGAAAGAUAUUUAUAAUAAGGACACAUAUACAAAAUACCAUUGUAUAUCAAGUGAUUAUGCUUUAUUUAACAAAAAGGAUGAAAUAAGUAAUUAUAAUAAACAUGAAAAUAAUAAUACUGAACAAAAUAAAGAAGACAGUGAAUCCAUUCAUAAUGGUCAAAAUAAGAAAUCAACAAGUUUCAUUAAUAAAAUAACUUCAUUUUUAGGAAUUUUUCAUUACAGUAAUAAAAAUAAAAUUUCUCCUAAAAUUAAUAUACAAGAAUAUAAUAUUAAAAAUGAAGAGAAUGAUGACAAAUAUAGUGCAGAAACAAGUGCACUAAUUCAUGAGCAAAAACCCAAUUCAUAUAUGCAAUUAAAAGGAUUUAGUUUAAUAAAAAAAAAUAAUCUUUUUGGUAGUAAGGAAUCUUCAAAUGAAAAUGCUGAAAUUGGAAAUUAUGGGUCUUUUUUUUUUAUUUUUGGUACAAGUAAUACUGAUUAUCCUUGGGCUUGUGUGUGUGAUCCUCAUCAACUCAUAGAAUAUAAAAAAAAGAAAAGAACGUAUGUUCUAUGUCAUAACCAAAUAGAUAUGUCUAUUCAAAAUUCUGACUUAAUUUGCAAUUAUGAAAAUUUUUCUUAUAAUAUUCAUUUAUGUUACAUUUUUAUUUUUCUUAUUAUACUCAUAUAUAUGUAA